CCCUUCUCCUUUGGCGCACGGUUUCUUGCCGGCGAAUUCUUUCUUCUUUUCUUCUCUUGGUUUCUGGAGCUUGGAGACGCUCGAAGUCUCCCCAAUUCGAUACUUAGUCGUAUCAAGGUGCUCUCGUUGAGAGACGAUGACAGACGCUUCAUCAACCACGGCCGAUCUCGAGGCAAAGGUCGGCGAGAUGGGGCAUGCAGUGCAUCAGAUGCAAAGGGAUUUUGAUUUCCGCCUAACGAGGAUUGAUGCAGCUUUGGCGGCCAUGCAAACUAAUCUGGCCGCCCUGCAAGUUGGUGGUGGGGGUCGAGUAGGCCGCCAUGGUGAUGAUCAUGAAGGACCUAGGAAUGGAGAGACUCCUCCGGAGGAACGCUUGAGAUGUGUUACAAUGAUGCUGGAAGGACCCGCGGCCGAUUGGUUUCGUUGGCGGCGGAACAACGGCUUGAUCGACGGAUGGGAAGACUUUGUGGAGAAAUUCAAGCUGCGUUUUGAUCCUCUGCACUACGUCGAUUACCUAGGGCAAUUGGCACGGGUACGACAGGUGGGGGGAGUCAUGGACUACCAGGCAGCUUUUGAAAGGGUUCUCACCCAUGUGACGGACGUUCCCGAACAACAUCUACAGUCCCUGUUCCAUGCCGGGCUGAAGAACCAUUUGCAACAUGAAAUUAGUCUCCUCAAACCCACUACUCUCUCGGCAUCGUUUGCCCUAGCACGUGAAUUGGAGGCAAAGCAUAAUGCCAUAGUGCAAUCAGUGGGGAGCCGGAGUGGGUCGUGGAACCCUAACGCCAGCCGCAGUUUUACGCCAGGAGGGCGGGGAACUCAACACGGGGGGUCUAACUCGACUCUGGGAAAACCCUCUAUCCUAGGCAGUCCCCCAGCCGUCAGCACCAACUCACGGGAAUCCACUGCUUCAACGCUCAUUCGGCUACUGUCCCGCGCAGAAAAAAUGGAAAAAGACGCCAAGGGCCUAUGCUAUAACUGCGAUAAAAAGUGGAGUCGCGAUCACAAGUGUGGACGGUUCGUAUUAAUGAUGGGGGAGGAAGAGGGGGAUGACGAGGAGCCUGACAUGGAAGAAGAAGUAGACGUCACGGCCGACAUCUCCAGUUUACACAUAGACCUCUAUGUGCUACAGAUCCACGGCCACGAUGUGGUUUUAGGGGUACAGUGGCUCCGCCAAUUGGGACGAGUAGCACAUGAUUACGAGAAGGUGACAAUGGAAUUCACAUGGUUAGGGCAAGGAGUGACUUUACGCGGAGAGUCACCUACGGCAAAAUUGAUGACGUUUAACCAACUCCGAACCUUACACGCAAGCAAAGAUGUCGAGGCUUACGUGGAGCUCAUGGCGAUUCAGGAGACCAAACAAGACACCCCUGACCCUCCACUGCCAGCAGCAAUCACUCAGUUGCUGGACGAAUUCGGGGCUGUCUUCGAGGAACCCAAGGGGAUGCCGCCCCGCCGAGAUGCCGACCACAGGAUUUUCUUACAACCGGGAACCAAGCCAGUAAACGUACAUCCCUACAGAUUCCGAAUUGAGUACAAGACCGGCGCAUCCAACAGGGUGGCAGAUGCCCUAUCGCGCAUCCAUGACACCUCUGAGGAAGUACAUACAUUAUUGACUAUCUCAGUGCCGGUAUCCUCGCUCAUGGCUGAAUUACAGCAGGAGAACCAGGUGCAAGAAGACCUGGUAAAACGCCACCGGGAACAUCAGCAAGGCGAGCUGGCCGAACCAUACUCAGUCGUGGAUGGGUUGCUGUAUCACGGGAGGCGCUUAUGUGUGAGCUCUACUUCUCCAUUGCGGGUACAGUUAAUCAAGGAGCAUCACGAUACAGUCAUGGCCGGGCAUCCUGGAGUUCAACGGACUUUCCUCCGGCUCGCACAAAUUUUCUUUUGGCCGAAAAUGAGGGCUGAAGUUCGAGAGUAUGUGGGCAGGCCCCAGCCUCUGCCUGACGAAUUCCUCCAGGGCCAACCCGUGUCCAAGCCUGUGCGGGUGCAUGCAAGCCGCCAGAUUUUGCGUCGGGGAAAGCUGGUUCAGCAGUAUUUGGUUGAAUGGUCCGACGGUACGCGAGAAGAUGCAACAUGGGAGCCAAGCGAGGUGGUUCGACACUUUUACCCCGACGUACACCUUGAGGACAAGGUGUUUUCUCAAGAUGGAGGGAGUGAUACGGUGCAACACGAGGACGGGGAGGGCAGCAACGGACGAGCUGAGGAUGACCACGAGGCGGAAGUGACAGGGACAAUGGGUGAGGAGCCGGGGACGAGCGGAGCUAGACGCCGGCGUGAUCGAAAGGUUCCGGCGUGGCAUAAGGAUUAUCUACUCCAUUAAUUAUCUUUAUAUUAUUAUUAUCUUUUUAAUUAUUGUAAUAGGUUUUUUUAGGUGAGCGAAAAUAUAAGCUCUUUCGAGGGUUUCUUUACGGUUCUUUACCUUGUCGCUUUUUUUGAACCGUCAGAAAUUAUAUAUUAAUAAUCUAUAUGUUAAGACAAAUCAAACAAGAUCACACAUGACUAUAUUUAGGCUUACACAUUGAGAGAAUUUGAUGAGUCAAAGUGCUUAGAUGAACAGUUCCAAAAGUCAAAAGUGGACGAAUAUAGCGGGACGGAGGGAGUAUAUGUUAAGACAAAUCAAACAAGAUCACNUUUGCACAUACACAUCCAAUACACUUUUUUAAUCCAUUUUAUCUUGUAAUUUGUAUAUUAAAAAAUUAUAGAAAUUAUAUAUUAAUAAUCUAUAUGUUAAGACAAAUCAAACAAGAUCACACAUGACUAUAUUUAGGCUUACACAUUGAGAGAAUUUGAUGAGUCAAAGUGCUUAGAUGAACAGUUC